AUGCUCCUCGAUACCAUCGUCACCGGUCUCCUGAUGGCCGCCAGCGCGGCCGCCAUCCCUAUCGAGAACCCCAUGGAGCUCAUCAAGCGCGCCCCGAGCGCUGGCGUCGUGAUCCAAAAGUGCGCCAAGCCCGGGGUCUUCGCCCUCGCCUACGACGAUGGCCCGUACCAGUACACUUCCCAGCUCGUCGACAUCCUGAACAACGGCGGCGCCAAGGCCACUUUCUUCAUGACGGGAACCCUCUACGGGUGCAUCUACAACCAGCGCACCGCCGUCAAGAAGGCCUUCGACUCUGGCCACCAGAUUGCCUCGCACACCUGGACCCACCCGUCCACCUUUGGUAGCUUGACCACGGCGCAGCUCACGACUGAGAUGCAGAAGCUCGAACAGGCGAUGGUCAACAUCAUCGGCAAGAAGCCUGCCUACAUGCGCCCGCCGUACCUCGCUACCGGCGGAUCCGUGCUCUCGACGAUGAAGACGCUGGGAUACAAGGUCAUCACUGAUGAUGUGGAUUCUGGCGAUUGGAACGGACAGACGCCGGCGCAGAGCGAGGCCAAGUUCACUGCUGCUGGCGCGAGCGGCAACGGACAUAUCCCUCUCAUGCACGAGACCUACGCAACCACGGUGCAGACUUUGACCCCGUGGUUGAUCAACUGGGCGAAGCAGAACAACCUCAAGCUGGUUACUGUUGCUGAAUGUCUCGAUGAUGCCAGCGGCGCGUACCAGUCUGGCUCUUUCACUGGCAACGGCGCGACAACUUGCUAG